AUGGCGCGCCACGUGUUCCUGACCCGGCCGCCAGGGGUUGGAAAAACCACCUUGAUCCAGAAAGCCAGUGAGGUUUUAAAGUCCUCUGGGGUGCCUGUGGAUGGAUUUUAUACAGAAGAAGUCAGGCAGGGAGGAAGAAGGACAGGAUUUGGUGUUGUCACUUUGUCUGGAACUCGGGGGCCUCUGUCCAGAGUCAGGUCAGAGCCAAUGCCAGGGAAGUGUGAGUGCCAGGUGGGGCAGUAUGUGGUUGAUGACUCUUUGGAGCAGUUGGCACUUUCCAUCAUGAGGAACGUGAGGCUUUCCACUGCACCAGGACUGAGAGUGUGUGUCAUCAAUGAGAUUGGGAAUAUGGAGCUCUUCAGCCAGCCCUUCAUCCAGGCUGUGCACCAGACUCUGUCCUCACCAGCGACCAUCAUCCUGGGCACCAUCCCAGCCCCAAAAGGAAAGCCACUGGCCCUUGUGGAGGAGAUACGGGGUAGGCCUGAUAUGAAGGUGUUCAGCGUCACCAAGGAGAAGAGAAACCCCCUUCUACUGGAUGUCAUGGCCUGGGUGCAGAGCUGUGGGAAGUGA